UUAAAUGUUGUUGUUUUUUUAUACAUAUCUUGAUUAACUAAUUUAUUUUCAUUAAAAUAUCGUUUCCCCUAAAAGAAAACUUCGAAAAUAUGUUUUAAAUUACUUUCUGGUUUAUAUUUUGUAUCAAUCCUAAAUAAAUAAACAUCAUUACAAGCUCAUUAUGCGGUUGACACCAAAAUUCAUUCAAAAUCUACAGAGAUUUCGUCUUGUUACUUUCGACAUCACAGACACCCUGCUAACUUUUAAAAGAUCACCUGCAAUUCAAUAUUCCGAAACGGCUGCAAAUUACGGUUACCCACACCUAAAUCAAGACAAACUUAUGCAAAGCUUCCGGACAGAAUUUAAAAUGCUUAUGAAAAAGUAUCCAAACUAUGGCAAAACUACACCAAAUAUGGAUUGGAAUCAAUGGUGGAUCAAAUUGGUAUUGAAUAUAUUCAAUUCCAUUGAAUCGGGAAUUCCCGAAAAAGAUGCACUCAUCAUUGCCAAAGAACUUGUCCGACUAUAUCGCACUGAUGUUUGUUGGUUGGCAUUGGAUGGAUCGACGGAGCUUGUAUCCAAGAUGAAAGAAUCUGGUAAGAAAGUUGGUGUAAUUUCAAAUUUUGAUGCUAGUCUACCACAAAUACUCAAAGCAAUGAAUUUUAAUGAAUUUGAUUUCAUUCUCACGGCCUACGAUUGUGGUGUCCUAAAGCCAAAUAAAGGAAUAUUCGAUUUGGCAUUGGCUAAAUGUGACAUCAAAAGUGAUCAAGCCCUCCACAUAGGCAACUUGUACGAUUUAGAUUAUCUGGGCGCUAGGGCUGCUGGUUGGUCGAGUGCUCUGAUAUCUGAAAUGACUGAUGAAGAAAUUAGUAUAAGAGAAGGCUUAAAUCGACAGCAUGUCUUCAAAACUCUGCCCGAUCUCAUAAAUGCUUUACAACACACGCAAAUAGACUGGUAAAUUGCUCCAGUUGCAUAUAAUGGAAUUAAAAUUGAAGUUACUAAUGCCUUAUGUAUUAAGAAAAAUGAAAUUACAUAACUAUUUUAUAUUUUAAGAUUAAAAAUAUAGACUGCAACAUCAAA